GGGAAUUGUGCACUGCGUGGAGUCGGGAGAUCCACAUGGCCUAUUAGCGGACCAUGGAGCCGAAUUCAUUAAUACGGAAAAUCAACGACACAAUCACGCAAUCUCUACACCCUAUCCUACCUACCCUCAGAGACUUGCAUUGUGGCACCGUUGGAGUAGAUUUCGGUCCUUGACUACGGCCUCAGCGCAGUAUGCAUGUAUAAAAGCAACCGUUAGACAGGUAAAGCUCUCUUCGUUAACAUGGAGUCCUUUCUCAAAGUUCUACUCAUUCUCUCGUCUGCUAUCGCGCUGCACGUAUCGUUCACAACCAAAAAUGUUCCUUCAAGCAAAGAGGUCGUUCACCAAACUUUCAAUGAGCGGAUCUUCACUCGGCUUGUUACAUACGGGUUUCCGACCAUAAAGGCUAUUUAUUGGGCUGUUUCUUUCGCAGAAAUCGCUAUCAUUACAACAGGCCCUAACUAUCUGUCCGUGAUCCGUAACACGCCCAUCACUCUCCCUUUCAUUUUGGGCACCGCACUUGCUGUCGCGGGGGGUCUCAUACGCUUGUGGUGUUAUCGCACCCUCGGUCGUUUUUUCACCUUCCAACUCAGUGUCUGCGACGGGCAACACAUUGUCACGACCGGACCAUACGCGGUCAUACGCCAUCCAUCCUAUGCAGCAGGUAUGGUGGAGAUCAUCGGCAUAUUGAUCCUGCACGGAUCGACCAAUUCAUGGCUUAGAUGCUCAGGGGUUUUAGAUAUCCCUGGAUUGCAAUUAAUCGUGGUGGCAUGGCUGGCGCAGAUCGCGCUUCUGAUUAUAAACGUCGUAUGUAGGGUCAGUCAAGAGGAUGAAGUCCUGAAAUUAACUUUCAGAGGCGAGUGGGAGAGGUGGGCGAAGGCAGUCAGGUAUCGGCUGAUACCUGGCAUCUACUGAUCCCAAGGCGCAUGGACCAUACUACUAUUGUGCGACGGGAGCCGUCUACAGCUUUCCACAGUUCAAUAGCAGGUUACCUUCGUUAUAAUUCUCGUUUAU